AUGCCCUUACCGUUGCGUCUGCUUCCUCGCCACUCUUUGAUAUCCCGUUCCCCUGCUGGUUUCGGUCUGCGUUAUUACACCACCCCAAUACCAACAAAUCCGCGUUCACGACCUCCAGCUCAUCUCGCCAAGCCGGAAGCAAACUCAGCCGCGGACGCUGACGAGCGACUCGAUGGAAGCUCGGCGUUCAAGCCCAAUCCGUUCAACGUGCCUGGAAGCGCGAUAUUUGGCGGCAGCAACCUGCGCGACGCCGCCCUGACCACUAUUGUCGGGCUGACGAUGGUGUUCGUCGGGGGAGUGGCCUAUGUGCGGUGGUACAAGUAUAACGUGCUGAGAAAGAUCGAGGACGCGUUUGCAGCGGGCUAUGAUCCCGCGCUGGAGCUGGCAACGUACCAAAACAAGAAUGCGGGCGAACGCAAAAAGGAGGACGACGACGACGACAACGUUAUUGACAACUUGGACCUGCCGGAAGAUGGGCCGUGGACACAACAUUUGAGGAGGAAGGAGCAGGAUUGGAUUGACGCGAUUGUCCAUGGCGAGGAGCCCGGGCAUUACUUUGUCUUACUUGGUCCGAAGGGCUCGGGCAAAGGGACGAUGAUAUUCGAGGCCAUGGCUGCAACUCAGGCCGACGGAGUUGCAAUGCUCGAUGCGCAUCCUGACCUCGAAGUGUUUCGACUAAAACUGGGCAAAUCUAUCAACUACGAAUACAACGAAGACUCGCAGACUGGACUAUUCCAGCGGCGCGAUCCCAGAGAAGGUGGCCCCGCGCUGGAUAUCGAACGAGCCCUAACAAAACUGGAGAAGGUCGCGUUGAAGUUAGCUCGCCGGCGGGAAAAACCGCUGGUUCUUAUUAUCAACAACGUCCACUAUUUCAAGAACGACGACGACGGACGGGGUAUGUUGCUCCAGCUGCAACAGCGAGCGGAGAGCUGGGCUGCUUCAGGCAUUGUAACCUGUGUUUUUACAACGGAUGACUUUUGGCCGUUCUAUGUGAUGCGUAAAACGGCGUCGCGGAUGCAUGUGUUAUCUAUCUACGACCUCAACAAUCACGAAUCAAUCCACGCUGCUACUCGCAUGUUCAUGAAUGUGAACAAGACCAAAAAGGCGGACCAGUCCAUCAUCCAACAGGCGAUUGACAUCGUUGGUGGCCGACUGUCGUAUUUGAACAAGGUAGCCAGAUCGAGAGACAUGUUGAAGAUGGCCAAACACCUCCUCGCAGUCGAGAAAGCGUGGCUGCGAAGCCAAAUAGGUCUGAUUCCUGAUUGUGACGACGAUGUAAUGGACGAGCAGAAAUGGAGUAGUUGCUCGUGGUUGUUAUUGCGGGAGUUUGUCAAGCUGCGUAAAGAGCAGGAGCAGGCCCGCGAGGAGGCAAUCGCUGCCGGAACGCUCCAAGCUGACGAAACAGAGCUUCCGCUGCCCACAAUCCCUUAUUGGAGGUGUCGAGAAAUCAUGACGCGGGCCGACUUCCUGGAAGAGCUGGACCGGGCGAAUAUCAUUGCUAUAGAUGUUGAGCACGAGGUGCGGCCGGACUCGAUGCUGAUACUGCAGGCUGCAAGGGAGGUGUGCGACGAGGAGGGCUUCGACGAGCUGCUGGACAACGUGCGGGACAGGAUUGACGAGAUUGAGAGUCUGCAUCGAACGCGGGAGCUGACGUUCAAAGACUUGCAGGAGGGGGACAGGAUAUAUCUUAGUGUAGACAAGGGCGGGCCCAAAAUUGUGUGA